UUUAUAGCUCCUGCUUAUCUCCAGCAAUAAACAACUCGGCUGGUAUAAAAAGCCUCGACCGACAACCCUGCGGCAAAGAACGCAGCAGACGCCAGAGCCACUCGUAAGAGGUUUGGACGUGGUACAAGAUGCCGACCCUCAACGUGAUCCUGGCUCUGCUGUUCCUUACAGGAGCCCAGGCCCGCUACUUUUGGCAGCACGAUGACCCCCAGCAGACCCCCCUUGAACGCCUGCAAGGCAUGGGCCAGGUUUACCUGGAGUCUGCCAAGGCAGCAGUCAAGCAAGCCGUGGACCAGUUUGACUCCUCCGCCAUGGCCCAGGAGCUGCACCUGAAUAUAGGGGAGAAACUGGAAACCCUAACAACUGUAUUGCGAGAGGUGAAGGAACAGGUAGCCCCUCAGUGGCAAGAAAUAAUAACUGAACUGAAUAAUGGGUGGCAGAACCUGAAGCAAGAUAUGGCCAAAGACGUGGAGGGCAUAAAGGCCCAGAUCCAGCCCUUAGCGCAGAAGCUGAGUGUGAACGUGCAGCACGAGAUAGCCAACUACUUGCGGAAUGUGAAGUCUGUCUCCCAGGAACUGCAUCAACUUGCCCACGAGAAGCUGGCGCCUGUGGCCGAGGGCUUCCGGGACAAGGUGCGAACCCACGUGGAUGAGUUCCGCAAGGACGCAGCUCCCUACACCAAGGAGCUCGAGCAGCUGUUCUACGAGAAGGUCCAGCUGCUGCAGCAGUCGGGUCUCUCUGAGCUCACCAAGUUACAGACUGAGUUGCAGCAGCACGUGAGCAGCGUGCAUGAGAAAUACAGCCCCCUCUGGCAAAAGGCGCACAAGGAGCUGCAGCCCUUGCUGGAGAGAGCAAGGUCCUUGCUUGCAAUCAUCAAGGCUCCGGAGCAGGAGAUCGAGCAGCAGAGCCCCUAGGGCCCCAGCCUUGGCGGCUCCCUCAGCCUGAACCAGCACUGCCUCUCUUCCACCCCUUGCACGGGCCCUGGCGACCUGCCCUAGCCUGGCCACUGGGACAGCUGCAGGGACCGGGCAAUUCCUUUCCAAGACGGAGGAAGGCCAGGACCCUCCUCCCGCUUCUGCCUGGCUCGUGUCCCCCUCCUAGUCUUUUUUCUCCUCUUCUUUUUUGCCAAAUAAAAAAUGAUGACCUCUAAACA